AUGACGCCGGUAGCUGUGGACCCUGCAAACUGGCCCUCCGGUGCGUCUCUUGACGAGGAGGCGGUCUCUGCAUUGCACACGGCGCACCAUGCGCAGCCUAGAAGCGUCCUGGGCUGCCACAGGCUGGCCCAUAGCGACGAAAGUGGCUCCGAUCUGUAUGUCUUUCGCAUCUGGCAUCAAGCCCUGGAAAGAGAUUGGGAGGCGGAGAAGAAGCAAGUCAAACUGCAGCUGUUGCUGGACGAGGAAUCCAAGCCGAUUCCACUGGUCCGCCGCUGCGCGUGGCUUUACGAAGCAGUGGUGCGGCUGCCUGCAGACUGGCUGCCGCCCGAUGAUGGUGCCGGUGGGGCGCCGGUGGGCGGGGUUCUCCACUUGCCCAGAUACUACGUGAUCGCCCCAACGGAGGAGGGAGAACAGAUCCUCCACGACUGCUUUGGCUACGUCGGCUUCUUGCUUGCCGAGGUGGAGAUCGAGCAGCUGCAGCAGGGCAGCUUUCCUACAAUUGCCGAUGCUCUGGGCUGUCAUGCAGUCACGGCCGGUGGCGUUUGCGGCCUGCGGUUUGCGACCUGGGCACCAAGGGCCCAAUUCGUCAGCGUUGUAGGAGAUUGGAACACCUGGGAUGGCCGAGCGUCGCCGAUGGCUCGGCGACACAGAGCAGAAGGUGGGGGCUUCUCCGGCCUUUGGGAAAUUUUUGUUCCUUUCGGCCCUGACUUGUCGCACGUGCCUUUUGGAAGUACGUACGGCUUCAAGAUUCAUACUCAGGGGGGCCUGGACAUCGUGAAGAUGGACCCCUUUGCACAAGAGUUUGAGAAGCCCAGCGACCUACACAAGAGCCCCACUUUCAAUGCCUCCGUGGUCAGUGCCUGUGACGACAACUACCGACCAGAGCCAUUCGAGUGGGGUGACGAGGCGUGGAUGCUGGCUCGUGAGGAGCGAGGUCGUCUCAACACAGCCUUGUUGCAGCCCAUGGCCAUCUACGAGGUGCAUUUGCCCUCGUGGAGACGCGGUGCAGAGGGGGAGCUCUUGAGCUAUAGGGAGCUCACGCAGCCCCUCAUUGACCACGUCAAGGCCCUAAACUUCAAUUGGGUGGAGCUCAUGGCUCUGGCGCACCACCCCUUCCUCGGUUCCUGGGGCUAUCAAGUCUCGGGGUACUACAGCUCUUUUUCCCUUAUGGGCUCGCCUGACGAUUUGAAGCACCUCAUCAAUGAGCUGCAUAAGGCAGGCCUUGGCGUAAUUAUGGACUUUGUUCCCGCGCACUUUUGCAGGGACGCCUGUAGUUUUGGCGACUUUGACGGCACACCAACGUACGAGUACGAGGACCCACGUGAAGGGGAACAGAGGCAAUGGGGAACGAAAAUCUUCAACUUCCGAAAGAACGAGGUGCGCAGCUUCCUCGUGGGCUCUGCGCUCUUCUGGGCCGAGCGCUAUCACGUUGACGGCUUCCGCUGCGACGCCGUGUCGGCCAUGAUCUACCGAAACUUUGGAAAAGCCGAUCACGAGUGGGUUCGAAAUGAGCAUGGCGGCUACAGCAACUUGGAAGCCGUGUCACUUCUGCGCGAGCUGAACAAGUCCAUGAAGCAGUUCUGGCCAGGUGUGGUGAUGAUCGCGGAGGAGUCCACUGCGUGGGAGGGCGUCACGACCCUGAGGCCGAUGCAGGAACACCUUCAUCGCAAUGGCGCUGUUGCUGUCUUGGUAGCCAUUGUUUGCCUUGGCUUCCUGGGCGUGGACCUUCGUUUUGAAGAGCCUGCGCACCUGGACAUCGACCAGCAAGAGCCCACAUGCAGUCCUUGCAGCGGUGCAGUGAAUGGCACAGUCUGCGGGACAAACAGGACGCUGCGGGAUGCGGCGGAUCUCUGGAAGAUAGACGGCUUGUACUACGACUUUCGUCCACUCUUUUCGAGGCAUCCUGGCUCUAAGCUGCCCCUGGAGAAGACCAUGGGAACGGAUGCAUCCAUCCUCUUCCAGAUACAACACCUCUCCGACAACCCUCGCGUCGCCCUGGAGAAGUACCAGGUUGCGUCCGAGAUCGUGAUCGGUGAGGUCCUUGACAGCGACUACAACUACCAGUUUGAGGAGACCGGCUUUUACAUGACCCUCAGGUCUCGUGUACGCGAGAAACUGCAAGAUUUGGGGGUGAAGAAGCCGCGCCAGGCCAACGUCCCCAUUCUUGCAAAGGUGAGCUUCAACAUGUUGAUGUUUACCAGCACGUGGUACCAGAUUUCAUUUCGUUCCUUCUCCCCAGUGGCAUGCGUCUUGAAUCUCAUUUCUCGGUUGGUCCUCACAGGUGCGGCGCACGAAGCAAUGCAUGGAAGCAUCCUGCCACAACUGCCCAAUGUGCAGUAUGCAUAUGCGAAGUCUGUGGUUGAGGGCUUCUUGGGUUUUCCUCUUGAGGUCUGGUGGCAGGAGCACGUACUGCUUCACCAUCUGCACACAAAAACGUUGGUGGAUCCAGAUGAGAAUCUACAGCAGCUAAUACCCGUGUGGAGGCUCACCAACAACAGCGCUUGGAGCCAACUACAUUCGUUCCCCUUGGCUUCACAUGCAGCAAUCGGUUUGUUCUUUCCGCAUUUGCGACUGAUCGCUGAAUCCUGGCGCUUGGUCGACGAUGAUCGCAACGUGCGUGUCAGUUGCGCUUGGGUCGUGCUUGGAGUGCUUCUAGUGCAUUGGCUUCCGCUCUUUGUGCAAAGGAACAAGCGAAAGGCAUUUCUAUCAAUUUUCCUGUCGUCGUUGCUCGCGAGCAUGCUGACGAUGUUGGCCUUUCACGUGAACCAUUUGUUUCCAGAAGCGGAGGGAGUCUACAGCGAGCCUGCGGAUUGGGGAGAACGUCAGAUGGCAACGACUUCCAACUUCGAUUCCGGCAUUAGUGCAAUCUCCGGCGGUCUGGACAUGCAGAUUGAGCAUCAUCUCUUCCCUAUGCUGAGUUACAAUCACCAGCAGGCGGUGCAGGCGACCAUCAAGGAAGUCGCCGAGGAGUUCGGCCUGCCUUACCGAUCCUACUCAUCUUUGGGUAGCGGGCUGGUCAAGCAUCUUGAGUACAUGGUGGAGCUUGGAAAGGAGCCGGCCGAGGUGUGA